AUGGGCCGCCUGCACUUUUCGUCUGCUCCCAAAUACCAAAAGGCCGCGGAGCCAGUUUGCGAGGUUCAAACAUUUCCUACUUGGGCCGAUCAGUCUUUCGAUCCCGAGGCGGAGGUUCUUAGUGGCCAUAUGAUGGUCUACGAGGCCUUUCUUGACAGAGACGGCCGUCCUCCUCACCCGGAUGACGCCGAUGUCAUAUCAGAGCUCUCAGAGUCCUCAUCUUCCGCUGCCACCGACGACGAAGAAUAUCCAACUCUACGACGUAUGCCCCGCCUCAACCUUGCUCCACCCUCGGCUCCAGAUGUCGUACUGCCUCCAUCGACUGGCUCGAGCUCCAAUGACUUCGAGGAUUUCGUCCGCAUAGAAGUACCCCACUCUGAUCUCACAGAGAGCCGUCCGUUGGCGCUUCCUCGACCAAGUUCGCCUCUCCGUAACUCGAUUACAACCGGCGAGCUCACUGAACGCCCCCCAGCUGAAGUUUCAGAAGCAUCUCAACAGCGCGACGAUGAGGAACACUUGUUUAAUUAUUACCAGAACUAUUCGGGCGGACCGCGCGAGCGAGAACGCACACAUUACCCAACUCGGGUCUUACCUCCGAUAGAAACCAGAGGGUCUCCGGCACGUCGACUUCCGGGACAUGCGCGUUUUCUCCCUCGGGCUGAUGGACAUCGUGCCCCGCUUGCCAGUUCUUCGCUUACAAUGGACCAUCUUCACCAAUAUCCUCGCCCUCGCUCUGCGUCGGUUUCCGACGUCCUGGCGUCGGGCACUCGUGUUCCGGAGAGAUGGCUCUCGGCUGUCGACGGAACUGUCGUUUCGAGCCGAAUUUUAGCCCAGCGCUAG